AAAAUAAAUAUUGGCGUCUUCAAUGAAGCUGCAAGUGCACUUUGAACAAGUUAAACUCUUUGUCUCUUGCAUGCAAAUCCGUAUCACUUUUGUAGACUCUAUAUCUUGGAACUUCCUACCUGAAAUAAAACGUUCAAAGGCGACUUGUUUUUUUAAUACAUUUCAUAUUUUAAAUAAUCGAUAUAGGCUAAACUUAUUAUUGCGUCUGGGAUGUCUGACUGCGAUAUUUCUCGCAGCUUUUUGCAAAUCAAUGAUCAAAGCAGUUUUAUGCUUCAAAGAUGCGAGAGCUCUGGUGAUGAAGAUGAUGACUGGAGACUUAAAAGAAGGGAAAAUAACAGGGUGGCAGCACAGAAGAGCCGAAACAGACAGACACAGAGAGCAGAUGAGCUGCAUAAGGCAUAUGAGUGUCUGGAUCAGAAGAACAGGCUGCUGAAGAAGGAGGUACAGUUUCUGUCUGAGGAGCAAAUGCGUCUGACUGAGGCCCUCAAGGCCCAUGAGCCUCUCUGUCUAAUCAGGCACUGUGUUCCCACCCUGGGGUCAGGGCCCAGGGAUGUAGGGGUCCUCUCCAGUCUGCCCAGAUAGCCACCAUACCAUGCAAAGGUCACAGAGACAAACAAACAUGGGAGACUUGUAAACAGAGUUAACAGGUCAGAUCACGCAUGUCCUCCUCUGUCCUUUGUACUCUCUGUGUCAAUUAGAUUUGUAUAGCUUGAAUCAAGUUGUAAUCAAAUAAUUAUAGGUUGAAGUAAUGAGCUUUGUUUCAGAUGUUCAAAUGGCUUGUCCUGUUUAAAAUGUGUUGUGUAACAAAUUGCAAAUACAUUGCAUAUCCCUCUCCCAUGAGACCAUCUCCCUUUCAGUCUGAUAAAUGUGGUUACCGCACCUUUAAUCACUUGUGUUUUUGAACUGGUGUUCCGGUAUCUGGGUUUGGCCAUGUGGGAACUUCUCCUUUACCAGAAACAAUAAACCAUAAAACAUUUUUUUUUUUGGGGGUUCCUUAUUCCCUACUCUAAAACAGGUUAUACACUGGCUAGUACUAAUGUAUUUAUGAAUUUCAACACUUAAUUGAUCAAUUAGAUAAUCAAAUCACUUAAUCCAAAUAUCAGAAGUAGAGUAAUAUUACACUAUUUUGGUUAACUCAUGUUAUUACAUUGUAGAGGUUACCCACUCUCUCUUCCCUAUAAUGUGGGUAAACACUCACUAACCUCACGCCUUCUCAAACAUUUAAAAAAAUGUGUGAUGUUGAAUAAUGUUGCAUUCUGGUCAACGUCAAUGAUCUACAGUACGUUAUAGUCCAUCUUGAUCACAUGACUGCAGGCUUCUCUCCAACGCUAUUAUGGAUGGAUGUACACAUUCCCAGUAGUCUAGUAUUUGGCAAGGCUGUUUCUAAGAAAUACAGGCUGACCAAUGAGAGAAGCAAAAGGCUCUCCAGCCACACAGGCAGUGCUUUUCAUGCCAGAGGAAUCUAUUGACUUCAGUGUACUGUAUUUGAGGGAGAUUGUGGUGAUUAUCACAAAGCCUUUUGUGUGGAUCGCUCUUUUCAAAAAUGGUUUAUUUCCCACAUUUAAGUAACACACACUUGUUAGUCAUUUUCUCUUCUAACUUUCAAAUGAGCACAGAUUGCUUGGGCAUAAACAACACAGGUUACUACUUUCAGUUCCAUCCAGGAGAUAUUGGGGCAUGAUGUGGUAUUUCACAUAACAUGCUCUUCUGUACAAAUAUUAGUUUACACAUUCAGGUUAACAUGACUUCACUUUCAGUAUAAGUCAGUGUGUAGCCUUACUGGAAAAUCACAUCACAUCACAUCACUUCCUUCUCCUUCAUUUUUUUAUUUUACUAGGCAAGUCAGUUAAGAACAAAUUCUUAUUUUCAAUGACGGCCUAGGAACAGCCUGUUCAGCUCGGGGGUUUGAACUUGCAACCUUCCGGUUAUUAGUCCAACGCUCUAACCACUAGGCUACCCUGUCACCCCAUUGGCAGGUAUACAAUAGAUACCCUACAUUCAAAUGAAAAAAUAUGAAUGUUAACAGCAUAAAAACAGCAUACUUAAAAAAAAAAUGAUCGUCAUUGUCUGUGUGUGCCCCACACAGACAAUGAUUUGGUAAAAUAGUCAUUUUACUGCACUCUAGUGACUGAACCAUGAGAGACAAAUAUUUCACAUUUACAUUAUGAUGCAUUCCCUGUCCCUUGUUGUUCUUGUGUAAAUGUAUGGGGCAUGAACUUUCAGAGGAACUGAAACAUGUUUUUGUGGAAUAUACUGUGUACAAUUUCCUGUACCUUCCCACUCAAGUUGAGAAGUUGUGGUGGAGGAAGACAUUUUUUGUUUGCCAAUUAAUAUUCUAGAUGCAUAGCUCUGGCAUAUGGAAUGCCCAGUGUGACAUAUCCUCAAUCUUUGUCCCAGUCUUGUCCCAUCGCUGCAACUCAGGAGAGUACAGACUCGGGAGAGAUGAAGGUCGAGAGCCAUGCGUCCUCCGAAACACGACCCUGCCAAGGCGCAUUGCUUCUUGACUGACACACUGCUCGCUUAACCCGGAAGCUAGCCUCACCAAUAUGUUGGAGGAAACACUGUACAACUGGUGACCAAGUCAGCGUGCAUUCGCCCAGCAGGCCACAGGAGUUGCUAGAGCGCGAUGGGACAAGGACUUCCUGGCCAGCCAAACCAUCCCCUAAUCCGGAUGACACUGGGCAAAUGGGUCUCCCGGUCCCGGACGGCUGCGACACAGUGUGGGAUCGAACCCGGGUCUGUAGUGACACCUCAAGCACUGCGAUGCAGUGCCUCACUCAUUAAUUUCUACACCUUGUUGCUUCUAAAAGGACAUAGGUACAUAUCCAGACUUUGCUGAAGCUGAACAUCCAUUCAAAACCAAGCAUGACAUUGUCAAAAGCACCAACAGUGGUUAGCAGGCCUAGCUUUUUGGGGGCCUGAAGCAAAAUUGUAUUGGGGAGCCCAUCCACCUCAGGGGAAAAACAUUUGAGUGCCCCCCCCCCUCUUGAUGAUGGAGAGAAAAACAUUUUUUUUUAGAGUUUAAUUCUGCCAUGGGGCGCAGAGAAAAUGUUGCACAUUUAUAGCAAGUUUGUUGCAAUUCUACAUGUUUGGCCAUGGGGGUUUUGCAAUUUUAUUACUAAUUUAAUGGAUUUCUAUUCGUUUUGCCAUGGGGCGGAGAUAAAAAUGAUCAUUUUUACAGCUAAUUUCAUGCAAUUCUACACAUUUUGCCAUAGGGUGGAGAGAAUUGUUUUUGCAGUCUACACAUUUUGCCAUGACUUAUGCCAUACUAAUUAAUAUGUUAUCUGAGUGAGAGUGACUAACAAAAUCAAUGGGGCCCCUUGGAAGUACCCUUCAUGCCUGGUCAAUAAUUCAGCCAUGAUUACAAGUUUAGAUAGCUGACUAGACUAAUUUACCAAUAUGAAGCUGGCAUGGGCUAAUUGAGUGACCGUCAGUAGCUAGGUUUCCAUCCAAUUGGCGACAGAUUUUAAUGUGAAUAUUCAAACAUCUGUAUAAAAACACUAUACACAUUUUCUCACCAGAGAUGUUUCCAUCAAAUUGACUUGUUUCAGGUAAAAGGCUGUGCGUGAUGACAAUAGUGCACAUUAAAAAACAAUUUGCGGUCAAAUUCCCAUGUACCGAAUAAGUUAAAUGAGUUUCCAUCGCAUUUUCAACUCUACUGAGUUGUUUGUGUUAUAUAGGGAGUUUUCCCACUUUGGUAUUGGCACGUAUGCUCUAGCCAAGCAUUGAAAAUCAUGUCACCAGAAUAAGACCCUCAAUAUUUAUUGGAAAGGAGUGUCAAGCUCAUCAACCUUGAACUUUCACCAUCUUGUGAAGUUCACAAUUGAUUUAAUCUGCAGCCUAAUAAACUGCAUGCUUUCCCGACAAGUCAUAGUGGGGGUACCAUACAACAUGUCAUCUCGUGACUCCAAGUUUAGUUCGAUAUGAUGGCUAUUAUAUCAUUAUGUGCAUAAAAGCUUUUCCACCAACAUUUCCCACAUAAUUAUUUUUACUGACAAAAAAACGAUCCCACCUUGUUCAGCGUAUUUUGUUUUGUCUACGUUUGGAAAGUUUACUUAAAAAUGUGCUGUUUCCAUCAGGCCGGUCAAGAUAUUUUACAUCCGACAUGCACUUUACAGGCAUAAAAAGGUGGAAUGGAAACCUUAGUUAGUUACUGACAUAACUGCUGAAGCACAUUUUUAAAUUGCACCUUGUGUAUUCUACUAUUCUAAUGUUCAACAGUAAAUUGAGACACUGACGGAUUCCUAAAACUAAAUGGGAGCGACCACUUAUGCCUGGGGCUGACCCUGGUGGUUGGCAUUAAGCUGGAAUUAAAACACAAUGACACAACUCUGCAGCAGUGGAACUAACAUUUCACAAGGGACCUACAAUUGCUGUUGAGUGCAUGCUGUUCUCAUAUGAAUUUAUUGCAUCAAUUUUCCACAUGAACUGAACAUCAUGAUACUGUAUGUCUGAGAAACUUUCCUCAUAGUACAUUUCCUGUAAGGGCACAGCAUGGUUUCUUGUCUUGCAUCACCCAGUGCUUCAUGACACAGUGUCAACCCCACUAUGAUGACUCUCAUCUGACCCUGACAGAGAGAGGUCAGUUUAUCAACAAACUGACACAGCUCAGAGGAGAAUGGAUAUCUGGAUGGGGAUUUAUGAUAUAGAUAUUGAUUUACAGCAUCCAUCAGUUCAUGUGUGGAUGCUUGUGGUUGUCCUGUACUACAUAAGGAAUCCCAGAAAACUUUGGAGAUUAAUUCAAAUGUCACGCCCAUUUCAUAAUCUUGGAAGCAGGUCAGGAUGUCAAGUAGGGCUCCAUAUCAUUGCAUGAAUUGCAAUGUUGAGACAAUUCACAUUUCUGUAAGGGUUGCAUCAUUCCUGUUCUAUAUUUUGUAGAGCAACUGAGAGGCAUUGCAAAUGGUACUUGAUGUAAAUGUUUGAUCAUGUUUUAUUAUCUGUGGCAUGAGAAUGAGUUGAGUGCUGCAAGGCUGAAGGAACAGAUAUCAUGAUGGGAUACAGUGCCUUCAGAAGGUAUUCACACCCCUUGACUUUUCCACAUUUUGUUGUAUUACAGCCAUCAUUUUUUGAUUUUUUUUUUGUCACUGGGCUACACACAAUACCACAUAAUGUCAAAGUGGAAUUAUUGUUUGUAGAAAUAUUUACAAAUGAAUUAAAAAUUAAAAGCUGAAAUGUCUUGAAUCAAUAAAUAUUCUAACCUUU